CUGAGUUUAGCUGAGAGGUCGUACAACAUUUAACAGCGAUAUAACUCUUAAGGUGCUUCUGGAAUAACACAGGAUGAAGUUGGAUAUUAAAUGCGUCAGUCUUCCAGAGUGUUUUCUUUGGUGUUCAUGGUGAGGAAGGUGUGUUGUGGAGGUCUCAGUUUCUGUAGUUAUGGAUUUCCAGACGUCAGGAGAGAUUUUCGAUGAAGAUGUGGCAACUCAGUACAUGAUAGAACAGAGCCUUCUGGCAAAUAAUAAACAGACUGAAUUUAAGGACAUCUUCUCUGAAGAUGGAUGCAGGUUAAUCCAGACUAGUCCAGAAAGGGAUAGAAUAUCCAGUGCUAUCAAACGAGGUGAUGAAGCUGAGCUUUGUAAGCUCACAAUCCACCAGUCUUCUUUCUCCGAGGAGGACACUGCCGGCCUGAUUCCCUUACAUGAGGCAGCCGUGCAGAAUAAUCAGUGCAUCCUGGAGAUCGCUUUCAAAGCAUCUCCCACAGACGCUAAGUCCAGAAGAAGUCAUCGGGGCAAGACGGCCCUUUUUUUGGCUGUAGAGAAAGGUCUCUUGGAAAAUGUUUGCUAUCUUUUGGACAAUGGAAGCAGCCCAGAUUGCCUGGACAAUGAUGAUGAUUCACCUCUCGGCACUGCUAUACGUAACAACCAUUUUGACAUGGUAAAGCUCCUUCUCUGCUUUAAUGCCAACGUAAACCAAAAGUUGGCGCACUGCCGAACAGCCCUUCACGAAGCUGCUCGUUUAGGCCUGACAGAUAUUGCAAUGCUGCUGCUGAAGUCCGGAGCUGAUCCUGAUCCCAGGAGCACGUACGGCCUCACGCCUCUGGCCCUGGCAGCACAAUGUGGUCACUUGGAGAUAGUACGGGAACUCCUGCAACGAGGAGCUGACGUGGAUUGUCAAGCUCAAGACUGGGCCACUAUCCUAUAUGAAGCAUCUGCAUCCGGGAACCCUGAUGUCAUCUCUCUGCUUCUGGAGUAUGGUGCUGAUGCUAAUAUUCCCAAACACACAGGCCACCUGCCAAUCCACAGAGUGUCCCAUCGCGGAUAUGUGAAAUCUCUGGCUCUGCUGAUCCCUGUGACCACAUUUGAGGCAGUAGAAGACAGUGGUAUGAGCCCCCUGCACUCAGCAGCAGCUGGCGGUCAAACACAAUGUCUAGAGAUGCUCCUCAAUGCCGGCUACGAUCCCAACUUCAUGCUUCAACCCUGGGUGAGGCGCAAUUAUGACGACCAGCGCAGGUCUGUCUUGUAUUUCGCAGUAACCAAUGAAGACAUAUGCUCCACCAAAAUGCUCCUGGAGGCCGGUGCGAUGCCCAACCAGGACCCGGUGAAGUGCUUGCAGGUGGCUUUGCGAUUAGGCAACUACCAACUGAUCGACACCCUGCUGAGGUACGGCGCCAACGUCAAUUACUUCUGCAGGGUGAACACCACACACUUCCCUUCGGCAAUACAGUACGCCCUGAAGGAUGAGGUUCUGCUGAGGAUGCUCUUUAACUACGGAUACGACGUGCAACGCUGCUUCGACUGUCCGUACGGAGACAAAGCUCACGUGCCUGAUGAUUAUGAGGGUUGGAGCAAUACUGUCAUCAAAGACACCAUGUUUUGUGAGGUGAUAUGUGUCGACUGGCUGAAGCAUCUUUCUGGUAGUGUGGUGCAUAUCAUGUUAGAUUACGUUGAUCACGUCAGGUUUUGCUGCAAAAUGAAGGCAACCCUGAUGGAGCAAAAGCAGUGGCCAGAAAUCUGCAAGAUUCAAGAGAACGCACGCUGCUUGCAGCACCUGUGCCGACUGACGAUCAGGAGAUGUUUGGGACGUUUGCGUCUCAGAGCUCCAGUGUUCAUGAGCUUCCUGCCUUUGCCGAAACGCUUGAAGGAUUACAUCUUAUACAGAGAGUAUGAUCUUUAUAGGCAGACGCAUGAACGGAAAAGUUCAAAAUGAGAUUUGAUUCUACAAAUGAUUCUGUCAUCAGCUUGGCUAGUUUUAGCACUGGUUUUAACUGAACAUGUAGAAAAAUGUAUAGAUUGAAAUUAAUGAACAAUUUGUGUUUUGUAAAGAUGUUUAAAAUGUUUUAAUGACAUUAAAAUGUGUAUUAAUGUAAUGUCUUGAAAAAACAUUGUAAGUCAAGUACUGUAUGUAAAU